UGUAACUUUCAUGACUCAGUGCUAAGGAGUCAUGAGAGUUGUAGUCUAGUGAAGCAGCACUGCUCUUUGGCAAGAAAGGCUAAAGACAUGAAACUACAACUCCUAGGAUUCAAUAGCAUUGAGCCAUGGCAAUCCAAAUGAUGGAUCUCUAAGGGUGUCAGGGCUCCUCCAAACAAGCUUACUGGGUUUAUCGAGGAGUUUUUAAACCAAGCACAACAGUAGUUAAAUAGAUUUGCCAGUAAUUUGCAUUAGUCUGGUCUCCCUUGUCAUCCUGGCACAGUUCCAGGGGAGUGACAGUAAGCCUCCUGUAGCAAUAAAGGAGAUAUGGGGAAAGUGAAACUUAAGUGUUCCUUUGCUUCCUAAGGAGCUAUGGCUGCUAAUCCUGUUUCGAAGCCAGCCUCCAGAUCAAAAGGGCGCACUCGACCCGCUGUCUGUGCCCUUUGCCAAGGGCCCUACAGAAUCCCUGUGGUCUUCAAGGGACAGACAUUCUGCCGUUUCUGUUUUGAUCACUUGAAGAACGAGGGAGCGAUUAACCAGCCGUCCCCUGAGGAUGACAGCAAGGUGAAGAAAGAGGAGGUUGGAAAGGAAGAGAAGGACACCGAAGAGAAAGAAGUAUGUAGACAGUGCUCUGAACAUGGCGAGAACCUGAUUUGGUUCUGUGUUCAGGAAACCGCACUCCUCUGUGAAGUUUGCAAGGCAUCAGGAGACCACGCGUCUCACACUGUGGUCCCCGUGGAAGAUGCUGCCCAGGAAUAUAAGGGGAAAUUGCAGCAUGCUGUAGAUUUGCUCGAGGAGCAUCUAGAAGAGUCGGAGAAGCAGGCAUACCAAGAAGGGAAGAAAACAGCUAUUUGGAAGGCAAGUGCCCCUUUUCAAGUCUCCAGUGAGUUCUUUAUAUUGGAGGAUACAGGCAAAUCCUAGUUUCCUGCAAACAGCAUACUACUGAGAGGAAAAAAUAGGAACUAGAGAGUGGAAAAUUUGGCAGGAAAUUGGUGUAAGGUCCUGAUGUAGAAUUAUUUCUGAAACUGGGGACAGCAUAGUUGC